ACUCAAUCAUUAAUGAUAUUACACUACCUUACAUGUCCAUACUGUCCACUGUUCAAUCACUACUGAAUAGUGGUGCAACAGAAUAAUUGUGCUAAAACUGUGAUUAUCGCCGUUAUUACCCCCGCACUGCGGUGCCGGUCGAGACUUGACCGAAACCACCCCUCGCUCCGGCGAUGAUCGUGAAGAAACCGGUGCCCAGUGCGACCGGAUCCCUGGAAUUCCUUCUCGGUCCAUCGAUUGGUGCAUGACCCGCCCCGCAGAACGAGGUCCUGGUAGCAUGGACACACCUUAGUGGGGACAUCUUGGAUCUAUCUUAUCUCGAUCACCAGGCGUCCUCUCGAACACAACACGAACAGCAUCGAAAAUGACACAGCCAACGACCCCACCGACGCGCGCCCGGUCCCCGUUAGAACGUCUGCCCGUGGAGAUCAUCCAGACCAUCUUCCUCCACAGCCUCGAGUUCAACCUACCACGGGCCUCGUUCGAGCUCUCCCAGAAGCUCUCCGACCCAGUCCUCUACAGCUGGCUCAUCCGCCUCGCCUUCAGCAGCGCCAACGAAAGCGCCAGCCAGGGCUUCUUCAGUCCCGACUUCCUCCCCCCACCCCUGCACUUCUACGCGCUCUCCAAGCCCGCAAGACGGGACCUGCAAAACGCCAUCCUCAACUGCCGCUGGUGCACGCUACCCCUCAUGCGCAAGUGCCAACAGGACUACGUCGCCCACGCCAUCCGCCACCAAUGCCCGCACCUCGACUUCUCCCCCGACGACCAGCACACGCUGCGCAACCUAGGCAGCUACUUCCACCACCCAGCCGACCACCACAGCGACUGCGGCGUCAAAGGCCGCCGCGGCAAAGGCGACCUCGUCCUCCGCGCCCGCGCCCACCACACAGACGAGGAAUGCAAAGUCGCCGUCUGGUUCCACUUUGGCGCCUUGCAGAUGCGCCGCCCCGGCCGCAUCUACACCGAACACGACCUCUUCCGACUCCCCAGCUGCGCAGUCGACACCCCGGCCCGCAUGCCCGACAAGCUCCUCCGGCCCCCGUGGACGCCCGCACGACUCGAGUUCCUGCAACUACUGUCCAUGGAUGCCUACAUCGACGAGGACACAUCGCACGCGCGGUCGCGGCGCUGUCUACGGCAGACGAUCCGGGACCGCGAGCUCGAGGCCUUCCGCCGCUUACUGGGGCUGUACAUCCGGUCGCGCGAGUACAAGUACCCGGUGCUGUGGCCCGUGUCGACGAACCAUUUCCACGUGGCGCUCAAGUAUGCGGAUCCUGGCGGGGGCCGGAUCCGUUUGUGCGGUUGCUGGUUGAGCAGCGGUGGGGGACGGUGCCUGCUGGGGAUGUGGUGUUGAAGGAGAGGUUGUUAGCGCGGGUGGG